AUGCCACCUAAAUAUUCAAUAAAACAAAAAGGAAAAAAGACUUAUCAGUUGGAUGAAUUAGAUGAGUAUAUUGAAAACUUACCACCACCUCCAUCAAAAAGUAAACCAAAAAAAGAAAAAAUUCCAUUAAAAUUAAGAAGAUUAUGUGAACUUGAAAACAUAUUUCCUCAAAUAGAUAGCGGACUUUUAGAAAUGUUAUUAGAAGAAAAUCAACUUGACGUAAAUAAAACUGCUGAAGCACUUAUUAUUCAACAAUCAAAUUAUGUUCCUUCAAUGCACCAAAAAAAACAACUAAAACAAUUAUCUCCAAAUGAAAUUAGUUCAAAGAAAUGGCAAAAAUAUUCAUAUGAUAUGCAACACCCUAAAUCUAUUGAAGGUGAAUUUGGUCAUACAUUAAGUCAAAUUGUUGAAGAGUCUAAUGAUCCUUCUUUUUCACAAGAACAAGGUUCAUUGACUUCGGCAGAUAAAUUAAAACUAUCAUAUUUAAUAGACUUAUUAAAAGGAAUAGUUGAUGAAGAAGAUAUAAAAAAAUUAUAUAAAGAGUUAGAUGGUAAUAUAGAACUUAUUCUUUAUGUUCUCACUGAUGGAAGAGAUGAUUUAAAAAUGAAAUUUGGAUUAAUUUCUGAUACAACAAACACUGAAACUGAUGAUCAAGAACAAUCUUAUAAAACACCUUCAUUACCAAAAAUAACUGAUAUGCGUCCUGGAGAAUCAGAAGAACAAUUUGUUAAACGUACAAAUAAUGAAAUUAUUAAUCUUGCCAAAGAAAGAAGUAUUUAUGCACAUCAAUUAUCAUUAGCCCCAAGAGGAAGUUCAAAUGCAAAUGAUUUAAAAAAACGAUUAAAUGAAAUAAUUAGAGAGAUUCAAUUUAAACAACAAAAUGUAAUAAAUCUGUACUUACGUAUUCUUCUUAGAAAGACUGGUGACCAUUUAUCAAAAUGUCUUGAAAUUGAUUUGCAUGGUUUUGGUGAAACUGAAGCUAUUAAUGCUCUUCGACAAGUUUUAGAUACAAGUGAAAUUACUGGAAUUGGUAAAGUUAGGUUUAUUACUGGAGUAGGAAAACAUAGUUCAAGACGAGGAUUUUCUGUAAUAAAAGAUAAAAUGCAAUUAUAUUUAAUAAAAAAUAAAAUACCAUUUGAAGAAGAUUCAUUUUCUCUCACAGUUUAUUUAAACUAA